GCUGUGAUAAAGCGAUCACUUUGCAUAUAGUCGUGACACUCUGUACCGGGCAGUCAAGAUGGCGACUGGAACAUUGUUGGCGCUCUUUACGGCACUUUUGCUCACAGGAUGUGUGGUGGUGUUUGGCAGUCCGGUAUCAAUGAAGGGAAAAGAGCUGGAUCAGUUCCUGGCCUCGUCGGCCUACCGAGGAAAGGAGCGGCAGACAAGGGCGGAUGAAGUGAUUAGGGACUGCACUGUGACACCACCGGUGGUUCCACCAACUGCUGUAGUCACUACGUCACGCCUUGCAGCACUGAGAGUAGAGAUGGCCAAGUACUCCUUCGACGCCUACCUCAUUCCCUCGGAAGAUGCUCACGGGAGUGAAGAUGUUCCAGAACGUGAUACACGACGGGCGUACAUCUGCGGCUUGAGCGGAUCAGCAGGAUACGCGAUAGUAACGGCCAGCGAUGGUGCCUACAUAUGGACUGACUCGCGUUACUUCGUACAGGCCAGGCGACAGCUGGAUUGCAACUGGAACCUUAUGGAACAAGGUUCAGCUGGAGUUCUUUACCCUGACGAUUGGAUGGCUACAAACAUGGCCAAUGGCAGCCGGAUAGGGUUCGAUCCUACCCUCAUAUCAGCAAGCGAAUAUCUUGACUAUCUGAGUGUGUUCGCUGAGGAGAAGGAUAAGGUCUUGUACCUGGUCUCCGAGACUACCAAUUUGGUGGACACCGUAUGGGGCGCGGACACUCCCUCGCAGCCAAGUUACCCGACUGAUCCUCUGACGAUUCUCGACUCGACAAUAUACACAGGCGAGACAUGGCAGCAGAAGAUUUAUUCCUUUCCCGAUGACGACAGCGUUCGCGGCAAAAUGAAGGACUUAAAACCGGAGGCGGCCAACGCCUUGGUGAUCAGCGCGCUGGAUGAGAUUGCCUGGCUGUUCAACAUGCGGAGCAGGGACGUGCCGAAUAACCCUAUGAUCAUAUCCUAUCUGAUUAUCACUGAAGAUGACAUCAAGUUGUACGUAAAUGGACGUGAUGCACGUGCAACCACUGCAGUUAUGGAUCACCUGAAUGCUAACGGCUGUGCAGCAGCUGAUUGCACACAGUUUCUGCCCUACAGUCAGUUCCUGCAGGAUCUGCGAACCCUGGGCGAGUCUGACAUCGGCAAGAUAUGGAUCAGUGAUGCCUCAAGCUACGCCAUCUAUGAACGAGUCCCAGAAGACAAGCGCAUCAUGUCUCCUUCCCCGAUCCUUCUGAUGAAAGCCGUGAAAAGCGAGAAGGAAAUCGAGGGCAUGAAACGAGCUCACCUGAAGGAUUCUGUGGCACUCGUGGAGUUGGGAGGCUGGCUGCAAGAGACAUUCGACGCUUUAGAGGACCCUGCAGUUGGAGCCGAUACCUUGAUGGAACUGGACGUGGAAAAGAUGGCUUACGACUUCAGAAAAGAUGACGAGGAGUUUGACACCCUAAGUUUCGGAACCAUCACUGGAUUUGGCGCAAACGCAGCUGUAAUCCACUACAGCUCGUCUGAAGAAACCAACGUACGAAUCACCGACAAAAGCACACUACUGCUGGACUCUGGCGGCCAGUAUUUAUCUGGUACAACCGAUAUAACUCGUACAUUCCACUUCGGAGACCCUAAGACCAAAACAAAGGAAGCCUACACACGUGUCCUGAUGGGACACAUCGAUCUAGUGACAAGCCACUUCCGCACAAAUGUUUACGGUCGUUCUCUUGAUGCGAUCGCUCGAAAUCCACUGUGGAGUAAUGGGCUGGACUACCGCCAUGGAACAGGUCAUGGCAUCGGCAGUUUUCUGAAUGUGCAUGAAGGACCAGCGAGGAUAAGCCUUGGCUACGUCUCGUCGGAGAAACCCAUCGAAAUUGGAAUGUUCUUCUCCGAUGAGCCUGGCUACUAUGAAGAUUACGACUUCGGGAUCCGUAUAGAGAACGUCAUGAUGUCUGUGGCAGCCCAAACUGAUUACCAGUUUUACACCUACAAGUACAUGACGUUUGAAAUGAUUUCACUGGUGCCCUUCGAGCCGAAUCUCAUCGACUUCAACCUCAUGACGCCUAAACAGCUGACUUACUACAACGCCUACAACAAGCGGAUCCGCGACGAGGUGGGGCCGCUGCUCAAGACAGACCGCGCCCGGGACUGGAUGAACAAGAAGACCGCGCCCGUGGAGUUCGUGUAUCAAGUCUGCAUGCCGGACUGCAGUAGUGGGUCCGUGGCCAGACCAACGGCAGGGAUAGGCUUCAUCGCACUGCUCUCAAUAUUGUGGACCUUUAGCCUACAUUAGUAGUUUAGUAUCAAAAUUCCGUUCAACUGGUUUUUAUUGCUAUUGAAGUAUGUAAUCGGUGGAUUUGCUAGGAUUUAGUAAGAGUGGUUCUUCAACAAUACUUGCAAGGAUAAAUUUGUACUCAAAGUGUACUCCCAACUUUAUGCUAAAAUGAUAUCAGCGUGCUUGAGGAUUAUAUACUCGGCAAAUCCUUUAUAAUUUGCGUCUCAUGAAUUUCUGAGCUGCUCCAAUAAAUAAGUAAUUGCUUCAAAAAUGAAAAAAGUCAACUCCCGAUAACACUAACUAAACCCAAGCUAGCUAAAAUGUUAUAUCAGAAUUUUGUAGUAAAGGUAGAGUAUAUGAUUUGUCAUUUGUGCAUUUGUUUCCACUGAAGCAACAAA